AGUCGACUAUAGAACGUUGUGAUUUACAAGAACUGCUCUUAGCCACGUGUAACAUCGCAAUGGAUGGAUCACUGGAAACGAGCGGGGCGUCGGCCGCAGCCGCAGCCGCCCCCGCCUUCAACUUCCAGCCGCUUCAGAAGAGCGCCGUUGAUCUGUUCGCCACGGCCCCGCAGGUGAAGAAGCUGACGCGGCGAGAGAAGAGUAAGCUGAUGCGCGAUCUGGAGGCGAAGCGGGCGGCGGCGGACCCGGCGGCUGGUGAAAACAAGAAGAGCCACAAGAAGAAGGGCGGCAAGGACACGGCGGUGGGGGACGCCGUGCGAGCUGCUGCCGCUGCCGCUGCUGCCGCUGCCUCAUCCUCCUUCGCCGGCGAUGACACGAACGGAAAGAAAAAGAAUCUGUUUGAGAGUGUCUUUGACACGAAGGAGAUUGAGCAGGAGCUCGCCAUGCAGGAAGAGCGACGCAGCCGCAAGCACACGAAGAAGCAAGUGCUCCGUCACGCCCUCCACUCCAACGAGGAGGAGGACGCGCGCACGGUGUUUGUGGGCAACCUGCCCAACACGAUUCAGAAGCGGGAUGUGGAGAAGAUCUUCAAGUCCUGCGGCAGCAUUGAUUCCGUGCGCGUGCGCUGCCAAACGUUGGAGGAGCCGGACGAGAAGCACCAGAACCUCGGUCGUGCGGUGCGCGUGCUGCGCGGGGAGAUCAAGAAGGACGACAAAUACAGCGCCACGGCGUACGUUCUCUUUGACGCGGCGGAGUCGAUUGCACCGGCGCUGGACAAGAACGGAUUGGUGUUCCACAACCGCCACCUCGUCGUCACAACAAUGGAUGUGGAGAGUCGAGCGUACCCACCGGAGACGUCCAUUUUUCUCGGCAACGUCGCCUACGACACAACGGAGGAGGAUGUGUGGAACUUCUUUCAGGAACACGGCGUGCCGGACGUGAAGCGGGUGCGGCUGGUGCGGGACCGCGAGACGGGCUCGUGCAAAGGGUUCGGCUAUGUGGAAUUUAUGCAUGCCUCCUCGGUGGGUCCGGCGGUGGCCACACGCGGUAACCAGCUCAAUGGACGGGAGCUUCGCAUUGUGCACGUGAACAAGUCGAAGGACGUGAAGGCCGCUUCCACGAGCCGUCGAGAGAAGCGCCGCAGCGACAAUGGUCACGAUAAAAAUAAGGUGAACGAUCGCAAGCGUGGCCGCCGCGAUGAGGGCGAGUCGAACUUCAAGAAGCCACGCACCAACUCCGACAUGCCGUCGUGGGCCGGUGUGAUGACGAACCCGCGCCGUAAGAUGCCGAAGGACCUUCGCCCGUUGGUGGAGGGAAAGACGGAGUUCAAGACGCGUGGUCCACGGGUAGAGGUGAAGCGCAAGAUGCGCAACCCGGAGAAGUAA